AUGGAACUUGACUUCUGGAGGGGUCCCUCAUAUGUUGACAGACCUGUUGAUGUGAUGAUUCCGCCACAACUCAACCAUACGUUUGAUAAGAUUUUUGAGGAUAAAUUACUACAAAGAACUGUUUUGAUUGAAGACUUGGAAAAUGACUUAAUAGAGGACAGAGCGGCUCGACCUUCGUUGAAGCCAAAGCCCCAGAGACAGGAUAUUGUUGAAAGACAUUUCGAUGAAUACCAAAGACUUCCCAAAAUUCACUCAUUUUUAGAUACGAUUGUAUCAAAGAAUACGGGCAUCGCAUCGGUUGAGACAAUCGGGACCUCCUAUGAGGGCCGACCCAUAAAAAUCAUUCGCAUCGGCGACGGAAACGAGAAGAAAAAUAAACCAAUUAUUUUCAUUGAAUCUGGAAUUCACGCCCGGGAGUGGAUAUCUCCGGCCACUACUCAGUGUUUCGGUCAAUACCUGGUCCAGGGAUACAAAGCCCGAAACUCGGACAUCACUGCUUUGCUUCAGAAAUUUGAUUUUUAUAUUCUUCCAGUUCUGAAUCCCGACGGCUAUGAACACACGCAUACCAGGGAUAGGAUGUGGAGAAAGACUAGAAAACCAUACGGAAAUUGCAUGGGCGCCGAUCCCAACAGAAACUUUGGCUAUCAAUGGGGAGGACAGGGGGCCUCAACUAAUCCAUGCUCUGAGACAUACAGAGGUCCGUCUGCUUUCUCUGAACCCGAGACUAAAGCGGUUUCCGAUUAUGUCCUCCGCAAUAAAGACCGGAUAAAGGCUUAUUUGGCCGUUCAUUCAUACGGACAAUACUUUCUCUAUCCAUGGAUGCGGCCGCCGGUGGAGCAGAUGGUCAGAUAUUACUGGGCGUAUGGAAGCGCUCACAUAAAAUAUUCCUAUACCGUGGAGUUGAGAGACACAGGAAGUUAUGGUUUUGCACUCCCGAAGUCACACAUCAGACCCGUUUGCGAAGAAACCACUGUUGCUUUCAUUGCAUUCGCGAAGGAAUUGGCGAAAGAAGUCUAA